CUCCAGUCCCACAUAUCAAAACAAACAAAAUGAAAAAUCGCCAGACACCGAAAUAAGUUAAAAUGAGUAAAAACAAAAUAACUUUUGGCAAAAUUAGCGCCAAUUUCGGGCAGAAUUCUAAAAUUAUAGAAGCCAGUGGUUCCAUAGGCCAAGUUUCGUCAUUCAAAGUUCAGGAAAUCCAGAACCUUGACGAUGAGGCAGAAAGAGAAAAGGAGAAAAUUCAAAAUUUGAUGGGCAUAACAUCAUUUGGAAAAAAGGCAAAAAGUUUCGACGUACAGGAAAUGAUGGAACAAGUUAUUAAAUCAGUGAGUAAAGAACCACCUAAACCUCCUGAAGAAGCACCACAGGAUGAGGAGGAGAGUGAGGAUGAAGAUUUUAUAGGACCCCCAAUACCUGCUGAUUUAGGGAAUCCAGCUCCCAAGACUGAAGAGGAUAAAGAUGAGGAAGAUAGUGAUAAUGAAGAUAUUGAUUCUAAAACUUUUGUUCCUUGCUCUCAAGAAGCAACUUUAGUGCAUGGAAAUAAAGCUGUCACAGCACUCAAUUUAGAUCCUAGUGGUGCUCGUCUCGCUUCAGGUUCUGUUGAUUAUGAUGUUAGUUUUUGGGAUUUUGCUGGUAUGGAUUCCAACCUGAGAAGUUUCAGGACUUUACAACCAGCUGAAAACCAUCCUAUAAGGGGUUUAUAUUAUUCUGGGACAGGAGAUUUGCUUCUUGUCAUUUCUGGAGCUUCACAAGCAAAGGUAUUGGAUAGGGAUGGUUUUGAAAAAUUAGAAACCGUGAAAGGAGAUAUGUACAUAACAGAUCAGGCAAGAACCAAAGGCCAUACAGCUGGGUUAUUUGGUGGCGGGUGGAAUCCCGUAACGAGAGAAGAAUUCAUGACAAGCAGUGCUGAUGGUACUGUGCGAACAUGGGAUUUCUAUAAUGGUGGAAAAAACCACAAGGCUAUAAUCAAGUGUAGAGCUCAAAAUGGCCUCAAAGUUACUCCUACUUCUGUUACCUAUAAUCGAGAGGGCAAAGUGUUGGGCUGUGGCUGUGCAGAUGGUUCUAUUCAACUUUGGGACCUUAGAAAGAGCUCAAUAGCGCCUGCUACCCAACUCCGUAAGGCCCAUUUGCCAACAGAAAUAUCUAGCAUUAAGUUUUCCUAUAUUGGAAACUAUUUGUUGACUAGAAGUCUUGAUUCAACGAUGAAAUUGUGGGAUAUAAGAUCUAUGAAAAAGUGCAUAAAAGAAGUCGGCGAUCUGUUCACUAGAUACGAUACGACAGAUGCCAUUUUCAGUCCUAAUGACGAAAUUGCUGUUACUGGCCAUUCACUUGACAAGGGGCAAAACAUGGGCAGUAUCUCAUUCUACAGCAUUCCAGAUCUGAAUCUAAUCAAAAAUAUCCCAGUCACCAAUUCGCAUACAAUCAAGUUAGCAUGGCAUCCCAAACUAAACCAGAUAUUUGUCGGUACUGGUAACGGUUUGGUCAAAUGCUUCUACGAUGAUAAGGUAUCACUCAGAGGUGCAACUCUAUGUGCCUCUAAAAUUCACAGGAAAGCCCAACACUCGGAAAUUGUCAGUACUCAGCAAGUUUUAACCCCUCACGCACUUCCCUUGUUCAGACAAGAGAGGAGGAAAACAAGUCGCAAGCAAAUGGAGAAAGACAGGUUAGAUCCAGUCAAAUCUAGAAGGCCUGAUCUACCAAUCACAUCCGGUCAAGGUGGUAGGGUGGCAUCGAGCGGAAGCACCUUGAGUAGUUUUGUAAUAAGGAACCUCGGUUUGAGCAAGAGGGUGAACGACGAUCAGGAUCCCAGAGAAGCAAUUCUCAAGUAUGCUAAAGACGCGGCAGAGAAUCCAUAUUGGAUAACACCUGCUUACGCAAAGACUCAACCAAAAAAUAUUUUAGACGACUCGGGUACAAGUGAAGAACCGCCAGAAAAAAAGAAUAAACCUGAUUGAAAACCACAAGGGUUAUGAUAUAAAUAUGAAAUGAAUAAUUAAAUUUGUUUUCAUUUGAAAGUCAGGACAA